UGCUGCUGACAUGGUGCAUUAUAGUACGGCUUCUCCAACAAUUUUCCCAAACCUAACGUCCCUCACUCCCCCACCACCACCACAGUGAGAAAUUGAGCAUUGACAAUCAUAAGAAGACCAAAAUCCCAACUGCCAACUCACUGUCCAGUCAGUGUCCAACCAGUGUCACCUUCUUCCCCAAAUUGUUGAUAAUUAGGGUUUCAAAAAAGACCUCUGCUAAUCGUUUUCCUUCUCCGCCCUUCAAUGUCUGCCGUAGGCGAAAGCGACGUGCCCUCAAAUCCCACUCCAACAAAACCCAAUGGCGCUGUGAGCACUACACCUCCACAAGCCACCCAAUGCACCAGGCAGUUCAUGACCUCCGUGGCGUCCAAGAUCGCCUCCCAGCCUCUCCAGAAUUACGAUCCUGGAGUCUGGGGCGUCCUCACCGCCAUUUCCGACCAGGCCCGUAAACGCAGCCAGGGUAUAAAUAUCCUUUUGACUACUGAUGAGCAUUACAUUGGCCGAACCGUGGCUGAUGUGCGUUUCCAGAUCGAAUCCACUGCGGUUAGUGCAAGACAUUGCAAGAUAUACAGGAAGAGCGUUGCUAAUGAAGAUACGAAGCAUCCAUCGGUAUUCUUGAAAGAUACGAGCACAAAUGGGACAUAUCUCAACUGGAAGAAGUUGACAAAAGGUGGCCCUGAAGCUGAAGUACGUCAUGGAGAUAUUAUAUCACCUUCUGCUCCUCCUCAGCAUGAUGUUGCAUUUGCAUUCGUAUACAGAGAAGUUUUAGUGUCCAAUACCAGUACAGAUGGUGCAUUUGCAAAAAGAAAAGCAGAGGAUUUUGUUUCUGAGACGAAGAGACUAAAAGGUAUUGGCAUUGGUGCUCCAGAGGGUCCUAUAUCUCUUGAUGAUUUUCGAAGUCUUCAACGGUCGAACACGGAAUUGAGGAAGCAAUUAGAAACUCAAGUUGUUACAAUUGAUACAUUGCGCAAUGAGAAUCGUCUGGCUGUUGAUCGUCAUGAAAAUGAAAAGAAAGAAUUGAAAGAAUCAGUUGCAAGACCUUACCUUGAUCAACUCAAUGAGUUGCAUCACACUCUGGAGAUUAAACAGAAGGAUCUGCUAGAGGUCAGUAGAAUAUCUGCAGAAACAAAACAUGCUAUCGAAGACCUCAAUGAAAGGCUCAGUGCUGCUAUGCAGUCAUGUUCUGAAGCAAAUGAAAUAGUGAAUAGCCAGAAAGCAUCUAUAACUGAACUCAAGGCACAGCUGGAUGAAGAGCGCAAUCAGAGAAGAGAAGAACGAGAAAAGGCUGCAGCAGAUCUAAAAGCAGCAGUGCAGAAAGCUCAACUAGAGGCUGAAGAGGAAAUAAAACGAUUUUCGGAUGCUGCCACAAGACGACAGAGAGAGCAACAAGAAGUGAUUAAUAAGCUUCAGGAAUCAGAGAGAGAAACAUGUUUAAUAGUAGAAACCUUGAGAACCAAAUUGGAAGACACUAGGCAAAAGUUGGUUAUCUCUGACUAUAAAGUUCGCCAGCUUGAAACCCAACUUUCUGAAGAGCAGUCAACCUCCGAAAGUCGAAAAAUAAGAGUAGAAGAACUUGAACAUGAGAUGAGAGGACUGCGGAAAGAGCUUGAGAGUGAAAAGCAGGCGGCUCGAGAAGAAGCAUGGGCCAAAGUUUCUGCCCUUGAACUAGAGAUAAAUGCUGCUAUGCGAGAUCUUGAUUUUGAGAGACGGAGACUUAAAGCUGCCAGAGAAAGAAUUAUGCUUAGGGAGACACAGCUAAGAGCAUUUUAUUCCACAACCGAGGAGAUUUCUGUACUUUUUGCUAAACAGCAGGAACAGUUGAAAUCAAUGCAGAGGACGCUGGAAGAUGAGGAAAAUUAUGAUAACACAUCAGUUGAUAUUGACCUCAAUGUGACUGUUGGUGAUAUAAGUGGAACUGAAGGCAGAGGAAAUGAAGCAAUCAGAUACCAUAAUAACAUUACUGGUAAAGCAGGGUCAGCUACAACACUGCAGAGGUCUGACAGAAAUCAAGUUGUAACUUCUAGUGAUGAAGAUAGUGUUACAGAGAAGCAUGACUGUGAUAUCAGAAGCCAAGAAGGUCAACAUACUGAAGAGGUAGAAUUUACAAGUGCAGACCAUGGGGUCAAGGGUGGCUUUGGUUCUGAGAUUGAUGGUGUCGGCACAGCACCAAUUAUGGAGGGAGAUGGCAUUGAGACUGAGCAUGUUCCUGAAACUGAAAGCCCUGGAAUCAAUGGUGAGCAGAAUAUUGAUCUGAAUAAGAUUGUCACUUUUGAUGGGGAUACAAUGCAACUUGAUGAUGAAGCCAGUAUACAAGAAAACGAUGAGCAGGUUCCAAUGAUUUGUCAGGAGCGUCACUCUCAAUCAAAUAGCCCCCGUGAAAUUCUAAAGGAAAUGGGAGAUACAGAAGGCUGUGGGGCAAUCAGGACAGCAGACCUUAUAGCUUCUGAAGUUAUUGGUAGCUGGGCUUGCAGCACAGCCCCUUCUCUCCAUGGAGAUAAUGAAUCUCAAAGAAGUAGAGACAACAAUGAGGAAGGUGCUGCUGGGCCACACGACUCCAUGGACCAGGUGGCUGAGAGCCAAAGUAAUCCGUCUUCUGAGGCUGCUGCCAGAAGACAGAAUCGCGAACGUCAAGCACUGAGUGAAAUGAUUGGGAUUGUUGCUCCAGACUUAAAAGAGCAGUUCGGUGGAACUGUGGAUGAUAGUGAUGAUCACAGGAGAGAAAAACAGGGUACUGCAUCCGACUCAGAUACUGAGAGUUGUUCGAACAAUGAAGAAGAUGACAGAACUGAUGCUAAAGGUGGAUCAAUUUCGGAUUCAGAGACCGAGGGUAGUGAUCAGGUUGCCGAAGAUAAAAAAUUGGGUGAUGCAAUGGAUGAAGAUGAACAAGAUACUGAAGAUUCUCUUGGAUAAUAGGCGUGUAAGGAAUGCACCAACUACUCUAAUACUUGUCUGGUUUGGACACGAGUGGACCUGUAAAUACGCAAGACAUGUCUGGAUUUCAUGUCUCCGUGCAGUUAACAGUUAUGGUGUAUAUAUUUAGCUUUUUCUAUACCCUUUUCACCAAGGAAUUAAAUUUUUUGUUUCUUGCUUUUGACUGGCGAGGGCAGGCAAUGAUCAAAUGCCAUGGGGUGAUGAUCUAGGAUGUUGAACCUAGGUAGUAACUUGGCAUGUCUAAAUUUGCCACCUCAAAAAUGGGAUCUGAGUAAGGUAUGGUUUUUUGAAAUUUUUGAAGAGUAGAUUUGUCUUAGUAUUAAUUUUUUGAGUACAUGUUGCUCCACUCUC